AUGCACAUCAAAGGUCCCAUGAAUCCAGACAGUGAAAGUGUACUAUGGCCUAUUACGGGUUACACCAUAAUGAUUUGGAUAGUCGACGAAUUGAUACGUAAUCGCAGUUUGCUGUUUCUGUUGAAGUCAUCGCUUUUAAAGCUGAGUAUUAACAAAAAGUAUCGUUUUAAUAUCACGCUCUCAGUUUCAAAUCCGAUAACAUUUUGUGAGGAAUUCAUUGAGUGUAAUGAGAGAAACAUAUGUGCUUCUCUUAGGUGGGUCAAAAAGUUUCAGAGUUCUAAAGAACCUGAAAAAACCUCAAAUAUUAAGUUCGGCCAGUUCUAUUCGGAUUUAGCCUUUGAGAUUUAUUGGUUUGUUCCAACAACACUUCUUUACAAAUUUGGAGACAACAGUUGCUGGCUGGAUAAAAUAACACACUUUAAUUUAAAGGCAGCCAUCCAUAUCCGGCUUAUCGUUCUAGAAAAUACUGUCGUUGAUGAACAUACACCAUUUUCAGACAAUGACUCAUCUGGAAUAGAAACCCUCAAAAGCAUUUCUCAGUUAGCAUCUGGAAUAUUUGCCAUAGUUCGAAUAUGUUCAUUUGUCAAAAAAUGCCCAGAUGGUUGCACUACAUGGUUAUUAGGCAAUAAGACACUUGGUUCUAAUCAGUCGAAAACAGCAAAACAACCCAAGGAAUUCCAAAUUCAUAUGUUACCAUUUAUGGAUUAUUCACACUCCAUUUUAUUACCUAGUGGCAAGGCCUAUGUUGUAAAUGGCUCUAAAGAGCAUGAGCCCGUGUUGAUGAAACCAACAUUGUUAGCUUCUUCUGAAUUUACGAAUAGAUAUUUUAGACCACACACUUGUCCGAAUUCUUCAAACAAUUUCGAUUGUUGUAUUCAUCCCCAUCUUUGGUCACGUGUAUCUGUCAAUGAAAAACUGGUAAAUGAUUUAAAUCGUAGGAUUUUUGAUUCAGCUAAAGACGAAGCGUGCUCAAGAAAAUGUUUAUUUAACUGGUGUACUAAUGAUUCCGGCCAAAUGUCAAAUCUGCUUGACAAUCAAAAAGUGUUAGCAAGAAGAUUAUCUGAUGGCCAUUACUAUAUAGGGUCAGUUCAAAUGAUUAAAUCUCAGCUACCAAAAGACCAAGUUCUUGUACGAUUUGGCCCAAUACACAGCUUAACAAAUUUUAACUUACGACAGUUCGGAUCAACUACCUCAAAUUCAGAUACAUUUCAUUACGAGUGGAUCGACGUAACCGAAAUAAUCGAUUUAGAGCACGCUCUCAGACAUCCGAUUGAGCCAGGAGAUUGUGUUCUAAUACCAUACAGUUGGCCUUUGCCAAAGUGUCCAAUUCUUAAUGAGAAUAAACCGUCCAGGUUUGAGCAUCUCCGUUAUUAUGCAGCUAUCGUAGUUUCCGAGUGUGAACAAAGAGAAGAUAAGUUAACUGAAACUGAAAACUCCACAAAUAGCCAUCAAAAAUUAUUGGUUGAAUUAGCUAAUUCAAACACUCGUGUUGGUCGUAUUCACAUUCCUAAACAAAAAGCUGUUUGGAUUUCACCGAAUACAUAUCAACGAAUUGUAUUAGAGCAAUAUAUGACACCAGAAUGUCGAAAUUGGUUAAAAAAUAAAACAUUUAUUCCUAACACUUAUCCAUUUCAAUCAGCUCCAGGUUAUCCUGCUGAUGGAUUUACUAGAUUUAAAUCUAAUGAAAAUAGCCUUGAAUCAAAUUUACACAUUCACCCAUUAACUUUUCAACAAUUCAAACAUGGAAAAGAUAUUCAAUUUGAAUAUUGUCCAUCACUUCAAUGUUGCCCCCUGUAUUCAACUGUGAAUGAUUUAUUACCAGUAACGAAUGGUUGCCCUGUUUGGUGUGAUAAUAAUAAUGAAACAUUAAAUAAAAAGUUUGUCAAAUUAUCAAAAAAACAUUAUUUAAAGUCAACUGGAAUGAACUGUGACCAGAAUUUUAUGCCUAAAUUAGUGUAUAGGUCACGUAAUAAAUAA